AAGAGGGAGCCGGCAGUGGGUGCUGGGCCUGGGGGCAGGAGGAGAAGGGAAGGAGAAGCAGGCUUGAGGAACAGAAUGGUCAAAUGAUGCAGGUGGCAGGAGAAGGUGGGAUUGAGCAGGAGAAGGAGAAAUAAAGGAGGAAGAGGAGUGUGAGGAAGACGAGAUACACAAGAGGAGGAGGAGAAGGAGCAGAAAGAGGAAACAGCUGAAGGUUCCACCCCUCCCUGUGUCUGCAGCCUCCUUCCAGCCCCAGGAGCGCUGCUCCCCCCACAUGCAGCAGGUGACUAUGGAAAUGGAUCCACGAUUUUCACGGGGUGAAUCUUGGUGUUUCUGAGCUUUCUUUGGCUAAAUGUUGGUGCUUUGGUUUUAUGUGGCAACUGAAUCUUUAUGUUUUGGAGGAGGCUUUUGAUGAGUUGUGAUGUUUAGGGAGUUUUUGUUCUGUGUCUUGAAGUUUGUGGGAUUUUUGGGCUGAAUCUUGGUGUUUUGGAGAUUCUUACAGACACAAGAUUCCCAAUGACUUCCUGAGAUGAACUUGGGCAAGGAGGAACAUCCAGUCCAAUGUGCCCUCCUCUUGUUUUUUCCCCAAACCAGGAUUUGUCAUUCCUGGGGCGUGGCUGGAUGGAGGAGGAGGAAAAGCCCCAGAGAUGCUGCAGGAGGAGGAGCUGCAAACCCAGCUCAGGGAGCUGCGGGGAGGAAAGAGCCCCCCUGAGCCAGGAAGGCGGGCGGAGAUCCAGGCAGAGCUCGGAGCUGGUGGAGAAGCCUCAUGGCAGGGAGAAGCCCCACAAGUGCUUGGAAUGUGGGAAGGGUUUCAGCUGGAGCUGCACCCUGAUCCGGCACCAGAGAAUCCACACUGGAGAGAGGCCCUGCAAGUGUGGAGAGUGUGGGAAGAGUCUCAGAGACAGCUCGGACCUGGUCCGGCACAUGGUGAUCCACACCGGGGAGAGGCCCUAUGAAUGCUUGGAAUGUGGGAAGAGCUUUGGGUGGAGCUCAGACCUGAGAAAACACCAGCGGAUCCACACAGGGGAGAGGCCCUAUGAGUGUCCCCAGUGUGGGAAGAGGUUUCAGAGCAGCUCCACUCUUCUCGUACAUGAGCGGAUUCACACAGAGGAGAGGCCCUACCGCUGCCCCGACUGUGGGAAGGGCUUCAAGCACAACUCCAGCCUCACCGUGCACCGGCGCAUCCACACUGGGGAGAGGCCCUACGAGUGUAGGAAGUGUGGGAAGAGCUUCUCACAGAGCUCAGCCUUGACCCAGCACCAACGGAGGUGCCACUAAGGGAAGCCCUGUGAGUGCCCCGAGUGAGGGAAAAGCUUGGAGUGAGGGAAGAAAGGGAAGAGCUUGUAUUAUCUCUCUCUAGGCAGAUCGAGAAUGAUUCAGACUCUGAUUCAGAAAGGUGCUGAGAGUAAAACUCCGAUUUAUUCAAA